UCAAACAUGUUAUUAGUGAAAAAAGAUUUCAAUAAUGAUGACCCUAUAUUAUGCCUAAUUUAAUCGUAUUUGAUUAAUGCAUCCUAAUUAUCAUCAAUAAUGUACAGAGUCAAAAUAUAUAAAGAUGGACUGCCAUCAUAGCAUUCAUAUUAUAUCAAUCAUGUAUCAAAAAUAAAAAUGAAUAAUCAUUCAAUAUUUGUGGAUAUCUAUUUAUUGGAUUUUGUAUUCCAUUUUCUAUUUCAAUCUAUCCAUUUUUUACACAUGAUUAUGGAUUUGCUGGUAUUAGUUGUUGGAUCAAAGAAGAUGUAAUUUAUUAUUUGCAACUUUUAGAUUAAGCAUCCUGUCAGAAGCACUAUUGUUAGAUAUAUUAAUUUCUAUAUUCCAUUAAUUUUGAUCAUCCUUUACAAUUCAAGUGUAUACAUAUUCAUUAUCUGUAAAUUAUAUGGAAUAUCACAAUAAUAAACUAAAUUUAUAUAUAAAAUGAUAUCCUAUCCAUUGAUAUUAAUAAUAUGUUGGAUAUUUACAGCAUUCAAUAAAACUUAUGAAGAAAUUUAAGAUUAAUAAUAAAUAUGGUUAUUAUACUUAUCAAAGGCAUUAUCUGGAUUAAUGGGAUUUUUUAAUUAUCUUGGUUAUGGAUUCACUCCUUAAGUAAGGGAUUAAUGUGCUAGAUAUUGUUGUAAAAGAAAUUCAAAAUCUGUAUCAGUUGAAUUGGAAUUAAAAAAUUAAUAAUCUUUAGAUACUAGUCAAAAUACAGAAGAAAUAAAAUCAAGAAAUUCAGUAAAUUCAUAAAGAGAUAGUGUUUAAGGAGAAUUAAGUUUUAUAGCUGAAUUGUUUUGA